GGUAUGGCCAAAUCCAUAUAUAACAAUUGGGACUUAUAUGGGCCGCUAACCCAAUAGGCAAGAAAGCAAAGCGGGUCCGAUUUAUCUACCCUUGAAAUUGAUUGUACCCUUUGGGGUUUUUAGGGUUUCAGUCGCUGAGAAAAUUUGAUUCCUCUUCUUCACCUUCAUCAAGCAGAGACGCUCUCUAAAGUCAUGGAUCCAUCCCUCCCUGAAAACCAGGAAUUAAUUCAAUUCAUCACCCAAGAGAAAGAAAGAGCAAUGGUGAACGAAGUGGUGGCGAAGCUUACGAGCUCGUGCUGGGACAAGUGCAUCACAGACAAACCAGGAAGCAAAUUCAGCUCGAGCGAGACUUCUUGUCUCAGUAACUGUGCGGCUCGCUACAUGGAUAUGAGUAUGCUCAUCAUGAAACGCUUUCAAUCACAGUGAUUGAAUCGAAUUGGGAUCAUUUACUUUUUUCUUUCUCUUGAAAGACCCUGCAAGAAUUGUUCUAUGAUAAGUUGUUGUAUGAUUCUUUAUGGUUUGUGAUUGAGAUUGUUCUUGAUGGGCUAAUGCUAUAUUUAAGAGACAAUUGUGGAAUUAGAUUUGAUGGUGCUUGUAAGGAGUGGUUGCAACUUGCUUAGUCACACUAACAUUGUGGUGAAAUGGCA